CAAAUACUUUAGCAAACCUUUAAAAAAAUACAUUAGUUUUUCUAAAACAAUCAAAGUGUAAACACAACUAACAACAUGAAAACAAUUAUUUUCCUAUCAGUAAGCUUGGCUUUAGCUUUAGCGGAUGUUUCGCAUAUAGUGGGUCAUCAUGAGAGCACAACACCCAAAUCGGGACCAGCUAAUCCCUAUGUAUUCAGUUAUCAGGCUGGUCGUGCUCCCGGACAUGUAGAUCGUCAACAUACCGAAGUAUCCGAUGGUUCAGGUGUUAUACGUGGUGCCUUCUCAUAUGUUGAUCCCAAAAAUCAAGUACGCACUGUUCAGUAUGUGGCUGAUGAGCAUGGCUUCCACCCACAAUUAAGCCAUGAACUCGAAGACAGUGCCGCCGUUAAGGCAGCCAAACAAAAACACUUCAAUUUAUACAAUCGCAUUGCGCAAGAACACGCUGCUGGUGUGCAUCAUCCAACGGCCCCUCUAACUGGUCCCAACCAAAGUGAAGCUGUCGUUAGAGCCACUAACAAACAUUUGAGUUUGUUCGAUCGCAUUGCUGCCGAACAUGCUGCCAUUGGUGCUCAACAGGAAGCUGAUCGUUUGGCUCUUGCUGCCAGCUCUGGCCAUGACGAUGAAGACGGUCAAUAUCAUCCCGAAAAAUAUUAAAGAUAAAUAUGAUUGUAAAUAUUUAUGCGCAAAGAGUGUUAAAUUGAAUUUAUUUUUGUAAUGUUUGUUGUUUGCC